AUGGCCGAUACUACUGGAAGAAUUCCUCUUUGGCUGAUAGGUACUGUAACCGGUAUUGCUGUGAUUGGUUUAAUAGGUGUUUUCUUUUACGGUUCAUAUUCUGGAUUGGGUUCAUCUCUAUAG